GCGGGCUUUAGUGUCGUGAUUGACUGCCGGAAGUCUCCAUUGAUUGAUUCCCAAAGACACGCUGCUCGCACAAAGAGCACCGGAGUUCACUCGAGAGCUUCUUAGACAGCAUAGACAACACUUUCUAACGUUUCUAAUGCGUGACUUUGCGGAGUGCAAGUCUACGCUUUGUGGAAUUUCAACGCGAAAUGUCUGAAAUGGAACAGGCAAUCGAAAGUGGUACACUGCAGCUGGAAAUCUCCCCGGGUGAAGUGCAGCGGUUACAUGGAAAUGCAGACCCCGGAGAUGACGGGAUCCACGCACGACUCUACCCGGGCAAUCAGGAGACGCUGAUCUACGCGAGGCGACCGCUUGAUAACUGCAUAACCUCAGACGAUGUCCAGCCGUGCUCGGUAGGCACCUGCGGGGAACCGGUAUCGGGAAAUGGACAACCAGCUGAAGCCGAAAUGGAAGAAGAGGAGUCCGGAACAGAGGACGAUGAGGGACAAGGGCCAGUGGACGAUGAACCAGAUCAGUGCAUUGUUGAAAGGAAACUUCCAAUUAUAACAAGUGUCUUCAGUCAGAAUUCCUCUGCACAUCUCCAGGCACCUACAGAGUUAAUUGACUGUGAAAUCGAAAAUCGAAUUCCUUCGCUGGCCCAUGUCCACAGUGGUGGGUGGGAUGAAAAUGUAGACACAAUCAUCGUUGUUUCUGAUGAUGAUGAUGAUGGGGAGCCACAGCCUAUUAAGCUGGAGAAUUCUGACGGUAGCUUGGAGGAUGUUUCCUGUGUGCACAUCUCUUCAGAUGUUAAGAAGCAACAUUCUGCUGCUUUUUCAGUAGUAGAAAAAGAUGUACUUGGCAACCAGGAUCAAAUGGUAUCCAUGGAAGGCUUGCAGGGAUCUGGGAGCAUUGUAAAUAAGAAGCCGCUCUACAGUGUAAUGCAUAUUCGAAAUAAGCUGCUUGCUUCUUCAGAGAGUGGAAAAGUGUUUAGUUCGAGAAACCACUUCGAAAAUAAUGAAGGAGUGUUUACUGGACAAAUAAGAUACAUAUGCAUGGAAUGCGGAAAGAGCUUCGGUCGAUCAGAUUUUCUUCGAGCACAUGAAAGAAUUCAUAGAGGGGAGAAACCGUUUUCGUGUGCAGAAUGUGGGAAGACCUAUAGCCGGUUAGAGCACCUAAAGACACACCAGAGGAUCCACACAGGAGAAAAACCAUACUGUUGUUCCGAAUGUGGCAAGACGUUUAUCCGCUCGGAUUCCCUUACAACGCACCAGAGGAUUCAUACCGGCGAGAAGCCAUACUGUUGCGCUGUAUGCGGGAAAACGUUCAAUCAGUCGAUCACACUUAAAACGCACUUGAGAAUUCACACUGGGGAAAAACCGUACAGCUGUACCGAUUGUACAAAGACGUUCAAUAACUUGGCAGGCUUUAAGAAGCAUCAACGAGUUCACACGGGAGAGAAGCCGUACAGUUGUAUUGUAUGUGGGAAGACCUUCAGUCAGUCGGUCAGCCUUAAAACACACCAGAGGAUUCACACUGGGGAAAAGCCCUACAGUUGCACGGAUUGUACAAAAACCUUUAAUAACUUGGCAGGCUUUAAAAAACACCAACGUGUUCACACCGGAGAGAAGCCAUACAGUUGCACCGAGUGUGGUAGAAAUUUCAGCCAGUCUGUCAGUCUUAAAGUGCACCAGAAGGUUCAUGCAGGAGGAAAGGAGAAGAAAAUGUGAAUGAGUGGUGUAUGCCCUUUUCACAAGGACUUUAAUAUAGUAUUAAAGAAAAAUAUUCUAACUAUAAUGAUAAAAAAACUAGGAAAAAUAGUAAAAAUGGAUAAUAUACACAAAGUAAGAUGAGCAAAUUGGGUCAAUCAGUGUCAGUCAUAUAUUGGUAAUGACUUUAGAACUGCGGAAUAAAGCAAUCCUGAUUAGGAAAAGUUGUACA